GGGAGAGAGGAUAAAUAGCAGCCUUGCCACUCUGGCUCCUCUCUGCAUCCUCCCCACCUUCCCAACAACAUGCAUCUUGCCAGUUUGGUCAGCUCCUGCUCCCUCCUACUGCUUUUGGCGGCCCUGCCAGGAUGGGCAGCCAGUGAUGACCCCAUUGAGAAGGUCAUUGAAGGGAUCAACCGAGGGCUGAGCAAUGCAGAGAAAGAGAUGGGCAAAGCUCUGGAAGGCAUCAACAAUGGACUCACCCAUGCUGGAAGGGAAGUGGAGAAAGUUUUUAAUGGACUCAGCAACGUUGGGAGCCAGGCCAGCAAGGAGGUGGACAAGGGCGUCCAGGGGCUCAACAGCGGCUUGGACAAGGUAGCGCAUGAGAUCAACCGUGGCACUGGACAAGCAGGAAAGGAAGCAGAGAAGUUUGCCCAUGGGGUCCACAACGCUGCUGGACAGGCUGGAAAGGAAGCAGACAAAGUGGUCCAAGGGGCCUACGGUGGGGUCAACCAGGCCGGAAAGGAGGCAGAGAAACUUGGCCAAGGUAUCCACCAUGCUGCUGGCCAGGCCGGAAAGGAAGCGGAGAAACUUGGCCAAGGUGUCCACCAUGCUGCUGGCCAGGCCGGGAAGGAGGUGGACAGGUUGCAGCAGGAUGUUCAUAAUGGGGUCAACCAAGCCGGCAAGGAGGCCAACAAGCUGCUGAAUGGCAGUCAUCAAGGCGGAUCUACCGGCUAUCACGGAGGGGCCGCAACCACCACAUUGACAUCUGGAGCCUCGGUCAACAAGCCCUUCAUCAACUUUCCAGCUCUGUGGAGGAGCGUCACCGACAUCAUGCCUUAAACUGAUGCCCUGGCCUUGCUGGGCAGACUGCUGUUCCUGUUGUAAUAUCCGCUGAAAUGAACUGGAAGAGCUGGGGGUGGGGGCA